GUAAUUGUCUAAAAUUUCCGACAGCACGUAAAGCAGUGUUCAUUUGACACUUCCAGUCCGAGUCAAGCUAACAUUCGGCAUGUCUGAGAAGCAGCUGGGGAAAAAGGUGGACCGAUGCCUGGCAGACGGUGCCAUAAAACUCGGUACCGGGCUGGGCUUAGGAAUUGUAUUCUCUGUUCUGUUCUUCAAACGGCACACGUGGCCGAUUUCAUUUGGCUCAGGGGCAGGACUUGGCAUGGCAUACGCCAACUGCCAGAAUGACCUGAGGUCACAUUAUCUGCUGCACAAAAGUGAAAAGCAGGAGGAAUAGCUGCAAGUCACCAAGGGACUGUCUUUUUUAUUUUUUCCAUCAUUUUGUUUGGUUUUGUUUUGGCUGUUGGCGUGUUGCCUCCCUGCGGACGAACCUCCCUAGGAUGACUCUGUAUGAUUUGUGUGUGCCUGAUCAGGACAGUCUGUGUUUAUUUAAUAAAAUAAUCAGAACAACAAAAA